AUGACGGCAACAUACACUUUUGUGAAUAAUAAUGAUCUAGAAACCGUUUGUCUUGUUUGGCUUGAUGCUUCAGUAAAUAUAUCAUCUGAAAAUAUUGCUACUCAAAAAGAGCUUCGCUCUAUUAUUCAUCAUUUUAAAACAUUUUCAAAUGCUCCAGAUUGUAAACAAUACAUACAACAAAAGUCUCAAUAUGAUCGAGUAUUUUUAAUUGCCAGCGGACGUUUAGGUCAAGAAAUAGUACCACAUAUUCAUCACUAUCGACAAGUGUUCAACAUUUAUGUUUAUUGUCACGACAAAGAAAAAAAUGAAGAAUGGGCUAGAAAAUUCAUCAAGGUGAAAACUGUACAAACCAGAUUAGACACACUUAUUAAUCGUAUUCAAUCAGAUUAUUCAAAACGAUGUCAAUUCAAACUGGAUGAACCAUUUCCAAUAAAUAUAUCUAAAACAAAUAAUUUAUCAGACGAAUUACUCCAUGAUGAUAUUUUUCAUUCUCAAUUACUCAUUGAUUGUCUUCUUCAAAUGAAAACAUUAUCAACGGAUGUAACAGGCUUUGUUAAUACAUGUUUACAACAAUAUAAUAAUGAUCCAAAUCAAACAUCGAUCAUUCAUGAAUUUAAACAAAAAUACAGUUCUGACAAAAUAUUAUGGUGGUAUACGCAAGAUUCAUUUGUUUAUCGUCUAUUAAGUAAAGCAAUGAAUGUUAAAAAUUAUAAUUUUUUACUUAAUUUUGGAUUUCUUAUUCGUGACAUAUGUGGAAUUAUACAAAAAUAUCAAUUAAAAUCUUCCAUAGAAGUUUAUCGUGGUCAAAUCAUGUCGAUCGAUGAAUUUAAUACAUUGAAAAGUUCUCUUGGACAAAAUAUAUCAAUAAAUACAUUUGUGUCAACUGAUUAUGAUCGGAAAUCAAUAAUAUCAUCGUUAAAUGAAUUUCCAAUAACAAACGAUUCUCUACGAGUAUUAUUUGAAAUUCAUGCCGAUCCAAAUGUCGAUAAUUCAAGACCAUUUGCAAAUAUAACAUCUUUAACUUAUUCUCCUCACCAACAGCAAGUUUUAUUUAUGUUAGGUUCAGUUUUUCAACUUACUGAUAUUCAACAGGAUAAAAAAUAUGGUAUAUGGAUUGUUAAAACUGUUCUAAAAAAUCUUAAAAAAUCAUACGAUGAAAAAGAUCUGGUCGCAUGCGGUCGUACAUUACAAAAAAUGGGUAGAAAUGAUGAAGCUGAAAUGUUUUUUCUACGUUUACUAAAAGAAAUGCCAUCGAAUCAUGAAGAUAUAUCUAAAUGUUACAGUACACUGGGUUACUUAUCAUUUCUAAAGAAUAACUAUGAUUCCAGUCUUAAUUGGUAUGAGAAUUUCUUAAAAGUUUCAAAACCUGAUGAUCCAAAUUUAGCUGAUAUUUAUUAUUCUAUCGGUUGUGUUUAUCAGAAUAUGUUUGAAUAUAACCAAGCAUUACAAUAUUAUGAUAGAGCUUUACUUAUUUGGAAAGAAAUAUACGGCGAUGAAGGCGCUCUUGAAAUGGCCGAAUGUUUAAAUAAUAUGGGUUGUAUUUAUGAAAAGGAACAAUAUUAUUCAAAAGCAUUAUCGUGCCAUCAACAAGCUUUAUCUAUACGUGAUAAAUUUCAUGCUGAUAUAGGUCGAUCGUAUAAUAAUAUUGGUAACAUUUAUUUUGCUAUGGGCGAAUAUAAUUCUGCAAUAGAAAAUUAUAAUUUUGCAUUUCAAGAAAAAUGUAACUAUGCUUCACCGCAAGAUCCAUCUUUAGCAACAACAUUAAGAAAUAUAGCUCUUGUAUUUGAAGAAGAUAAAAAUUUUUUAGAAGCUUUAAACUAUUUUAAACGAGCAGCAUCGAUAUACGAAAAUCUAUUGCCAUCAACACACAUUGAUAAUGUUGAAGUUCAAGAAGAUAUUCGACGUAUUUCAUCGUUUAUCAAAUCUUAA